CGCACCGCCGGAUCCGGCCGGGCCCCUGCUCGUGACGUCACCGCGGCCCCGCCCACAUCCUCCGCCUUGGUUGCCUGUCCGCGGCGCAAGUCCACCGACCCUCCGCAGUCCGCCGCCGCCGCCGCCGAAAUGUCUACAGGUGUGCCUUCGGGGUCAAGUGCUGCCACUGGCAGCAAUCGAAGACUCCAGCAGACACAAAAUCAAGUAGAUGAGGUGGUUGACAUCAUGAGAGUCAACGUGGAUAAGGUGUUAGAGAGAGACCAGAAGCUCUCGGAGCUGGAUGACCGUGCAGAUGCACUGCAGGCAGGUGCCUCGCAGUUUGAAACAAGUGCUGCCAAGUUGAAGAGAAAGUAUUGGUGGAAGAACUGCAAGAUGUGGGCAAUAGGAAUCAGUGUCCUGGUGAUUAUUGUCAUCAUCAUUAUUGUGUGGUGUGUCUCGUAAUGAAGAACAGAUGAAACUGAAGCCCGAUGUCCAGGAUCUUCUUCAAGACUCUCUCAGAACUGCUGUGUUAUCCAGCUUACCUACUGGUUUUUUCCAAAUUGUUAGUUUACAUACAGUUUAGUGCCUAGAAAAUGUGCCUUUGUUUUUCAUAUACACUCCAAACUGGAGGUGUGACCUACCUUCCCCACGUUUUGCACAGUGCCUUUACAGAUGUAUGGACUGGGAAAGAGGACGUGUGUGUUUCAGAGUGCUGACAUCUAGGUGGAUGUUGUCUCUGAUGACUUGUUGUGGGUUCCGGGAAGGGGAUUUUGCUCAAGUCAGCUGUCCCCACAUCUGACAUUGUCUUUAAAACCACAUUUUAAGCCUUUGGGUAAUUGGUUUCCCAACUUGGACCUUCCAAGAAGAACACUAUUGCCUAACAAAAAUCGGUGACAGUAGCAGGGUGUGCCUUAUUUUGAUAACUAGGUAACUUCAUUAAGAGUGUCCUCCGUUUGUCAGCACUGUUGACUCCUGCUGUCUUUAAGAUGCUGGUGAAGAGCUCAUGCUCUUAUGUUAGAUAUAAAGAUGUUUACUUUCUUGUUCUUGUUGUUUAUCACUUCUAAAGUAUUUUAAUCAGAAAUAACCCUUUAAGAAGUUUUUAUAGGACUAUGACCAAAGUUUCUAUUUUGCCAAAAGUUAAAUACAAAUAAAUUGUCCAUAAGUUUGCCCCUAGUAGAUAAAUAAGUGCCAAAUGUAAUAACUCAAGGUGCCCUUUAAGAAAAAAUGUUAAUACUAUAUGAGCCUUCAGCAUCUUGGCAGUCCUUCCUAUGGAAUGCUGUAGAUACAGCUAUUCAUUCUGAUGUGGUUUCUUUCCUAGAGCUGUAGAGGGGGGCUCAGAUCACACCUGUAGACAGAAUACUUAGCCAACACUUUGCAGACUGAACUAGGCUGUGGCCUCCAGCGCGAUGUGAGCAGCAGCUGUGCGGCCUCACAAAGGCAUCAGUCUGCAGAGUUCCGGAAGACUGUUUGCUGCUUUUGCUCAUCCUCUGUAUUCUGCUUGAGGUGAGGCACCGGUCACUCCUAGAGGAUAACUAGCCAGAGAUGCCUGCUGCUCUUAGAAUGUAGCCAUUGCUGUCUGAGACUUUUGUCGAGGCUUGUCUCAAAGAUGGGAGUUCAGGCAUGGGUGAAAUAGAGGAAGUGGUGAAGGGCAAGCUGCUUGCCUAUGGCAGUGCCACUAGAAUGUCCUGAAAAGCAGCAUUAGUCAAGAUGUCAUAGAAUCUGAUUCUAGUUGUUUUUUUUAUCUAUUCCCCUACCAUUACUGAAACAAUACAGAUGUUGAAGAUAUGCCUUGCCACAUCAGCCUAGGGCCUCUGUCCUGGUCUGACCUCACAACUUUGGUGCUGUCUCCUCAUAGUCUGUCCCAUGUAACUCAUUGGCUCCUUUAUUAACACAGUAAUACCUCGCUUCUCUGUGCAUUUAGCUGGGAAUGUUCCUGCUAUGGAGACCGGAAUAAAGUUGUUUAUUAACAGGA